UUAAGGACUUUAUAACUUCUUCUUGCUCCAUAUAUAUUGUUUUGGUAUAUCUAUAUACACUAGUUCAUGUACUAUACAUAUAUAUUUUCCAAAAUUUCAUGCAAUGUUAUAGCUCUCUCUAUCUCCUCCUUCUUCAAUAGUUAGGUAAUCCAGGUUCAUUAAUGAUCAUCUUCUUCGAUUUUUCUUAUUGAAAUUUAAAACUUUCCAUCACAUGGCCAUUGUCGAUCGGCUGCUCGGAUGAAAAGCAGGAACUUAUGUUAUUAAAGGCAAUGAUGCAGCCCGUAAAGGAACUACUGUUGUUUCUGCUGCUUGCGAUUUUUACCAAGGCCACUGGCAUGAGGCCUCCGCACUCGAGAAGUGCGAGUGAUUCUCAGCAAAGCAUCAGCUUUUGCCUGAGCUGGAGGCUCGCAGUCGAGGCCAACAAUGUACGUGCAUGGCGCACUGUCCCAACUCAGUGCCUGCGCUACAUUGAAACUUACAUGAUCGGCGGCCAAUAUGACAGAGAUGUCGAGCUGAUUGUGGAGCAAAUCUUAAGCUAUGUUAAUGAAAUCGUUGUUUCCGACGAUGGCAUGGACGCCUGGAUUCUCGAUGUCGAUGACACUUGCAUCUCAAACGUUUUCUACUACAGAGGAAAGCGUUACGGGUGUGAUCCAUAUGAUCCAUCUGGGUUCAAGGCAUGGGCGUUAAAGGGAGGUUGCCCUUCGAUUCCUGCCAUGCUUGUGCUGUUUAGCAAGCUGGUUGAAGGUGGAUUCAAAAUCAUCCUGGUGACUGGCAGAGAUGAAGCCACUUUCGGGGAGGUCACUCGAGAGAAUUUGCGUAAUCAGGGAUUCAGUGGCUACGAAAAGCUGAUUAUGAGGAGUGAAAGUGACAGAGGCAAAACUGCAGUGGCUUACAAAUCUGGAAUUCGGAAACAGUUAAUGGAAGAAGGCUACAGAAUUUGGGGGAAUGUGGGCGAUCAGUGGAGUGAUUUGCAAGGAGAAUAUGUGGGAAACCGCACUUUUAAGAUUCCCAAUCCCAUGUAUUUUGUUCCUUAAAAAUUUACAUAUAUAAAUUCCAACUCAAAUAAGUUUGAACUGUAACCCUUCAGAUGAAGCAUAUAACAAAUUCAAUAAAAGUUCAUGUUU